AACCCCUCAGCUCCCACCUUUCUCUCUCUAAAACAAUCACAACUCUCUCUCUCUAAAGAAAAAUAGACGCGCAGAGAGGAUCGACGGUCGAGUCGGAGAAUUUCGAUCCUGACAUUUCUAUCAAUCGGCGAAGAAAAUCGAAAGUUCGUUAUUUGUGAAUUAUAUAUAAAUCUCUCAACUUUACCUUGUUUUCUUCUUUGAUUUGUAUAUUAUUUUGUUGAAUUUAGGUAAUGAUCUCGCCAAAACUCUGGAUUAUUAGUUUUGAGUGAUGAAAUUAGGGACUGUUGGGCUACUGAGAGAGCUCGGGAAAAAGAGAUUAUUGUUUUCUUUUCUUAUGGUUUUUCAUCAACCGAGCUUGGUAUCGUGUUGCAUUUGAUUUGGCUUUCUUAGGGACUGAGAGGAGAUAAUUGAAUGCGUGUAGAAAUUUCUGAUUUUUGGGUUUUUUCAGGCAUUUUAUUUUGAUUUUCAAGUUUUUUUCACAGGACCAGAUGUAUUGUUGGGAUUUGCUCUCUUUGCUGUGUGUGUUCCUAGAUUGGCAAUUCGCAGUUUUGUCUGCAUCUCUAUGCAUGCGUAGCUCGACUUCAUAGAGUUAUCGCUUAUGAUGAUUUUUUUUUUUGGUUGCUGCUGUUAAUCUCACAUUUGUUUGAUGUCUACUAGCAUGAACUAGCAUGAACUAGUACUACUAGGGUUGCUGUCUCUGUUUAAGCACAAUUAUUUGUCUAGCUUUCUUGUUUUGUGUUUAUUAGAUUAUUGUUAGAUUCUAGGGGGAUGCGUUCAAUCAAUACCUGAUUUGAUAUUUUACAUGAAUUUUGUGUUGUACUGGUUUGGAUGCUAUUGUUCAAGUUGGGUGCCACUGUUGUUGUGUUGGACUAUAUUCCAUUGGGUUCUACAGGUCUUUGGUUCCUUGUAGUAUUAGGAAACAAUUGUACUUAAGGGGGGAAAAUGAAAAAUCUUCUUCCAAACUUUAGUGGAUGAAACAAUUGUACUUGAAGUUUUACCAGCUUGAAUGCUGGACACGGGAUGCUAUUAUUGCUUGGUAUUGAGUGCCAAUAGUUAUUGUUCAAGUUGGGUGCCAAUAUUAUCGUGUUGGAGAAAGAACAAAAAAAUAUUUGAUAGAUGUUCCAUUGUUUGAAGGGGGAACAAUUGAAAAAUCUUCUUCCAAACUUUAGUUGGGGCAAAUCUUUUUUGCAUUAAGUGCAAUUGUUCAUUAGCAUUUAAUCAUGUUGUCAUUGAGUCGGGUAAAUUCUUUGAAGCUCAACCCUGAUAGAACUGUAGUGUCAACAUAAACAAGGACUUAAUGGAAUUCUUAUCAGAUUGAACGAUAGUAACUUGUUUAUUUCAUUCUUUUAAUAACUCUUCUAUAUUUCUAAAGGAUAUGAAAUGCACGCUGCAUCUGGAUUCAGUGUGCAGGAUGCUUAGGGUCCUUGAUUGAUCAAGUAGACUUAGGUUUAUGCUGUCAGUUCAGUAGUGGUGUCCACUUAGGUGCUGGUGAAGAUAUAUGUUCGUUAAACUUUGGUUCAUUAAACUGUGUCAAAUUACUCAAGGAGCUAAAUUGCAAUAAUCCGAUUCUUUCUUUCACCUGGUUUUCCCUUCCACUUCUCAAAAUACAGUCUCUUUCCUUUUGUCUACCAGCUGCUCAGGCCAUAGAUCAUUUUAACCUUGUUAAGCCUCCGUUUGGGAAGCAAGAUUUGGGCUAAAAUAGUCAUAUAAGACAAAAUAGUCUAUUUUAGCUCAAUAAGACAAAACAUCACAUCCAACCCAUAAUCAUUACAUUAUUUCUCUAAAAAAAAGGCUAAAAAAGCCAAAAGCUCUUCCUAAACUAGGUUUUUUAGCCCUAGGCUAAAAUAGUCAAAAAAAAAAAAACUAAAAAGCCAAAAAGCCAACUCACUUUCCAAACGGAAGCUAAGUAUGGACCAUGUGCUUGUGGAUUACCAGUCUUUGAAUAGGCACUGGAAUUCUAGAAUUCACAAUGGCAUAUUUUCUCAAAGCUCCCCAUUCCCUUUAUGUUCCGAUCUCCUUGAAAAUAGUGAAAUCACUUGAAACAGCAAUUGAAAUCCAUGCUACUAAAGACAAACUCCACUAAUCUUGCCAAAGAAUUCAUCUUGUAAAAGUGGGGAAUCUAGAUCUCGUCGGAUGUCUUUACUUUCAGCCAAGCAGGCUAUGUUGUGGCUUCUACAAAGCAACCCAAACAGUUAGAUAACAAGAGACGAUUAACGUUGAAAUGAGCUAGAAUCUUCUGAUUGAAGAGAAGCCCAUGGAGGCUGGAUGAUAAUAGAAGUUGUUUUGGGUAAGUUUCACCUAUUGAAGAAGACAUGGUGCAGAAUCGCAGAUCGAGGUAGGCUUGUCCUUUAUGGACAAUCAACUUAACUCAUCUCUGCAAUAUCUCGCACUUUUUCCCCUGAAUUUGUUAUCACUUUUAGAACACAUUUGAUGUUGUGAUCUAUUGCUUUUACCAUAGGUUGGGGCGUCCAUUGGUGUUGUCCAAUUUAGAUGCGUUUGAUCAUCUUCUUGAAGAAUCGAUCAUCCAAUGGUUACUAUGCCCAGCUGAAGACUUUGAAGUGUUUUUCUGCUUGGAUGGGCGACUAGAUAUGCCUUUAUAGGUUUUAGAAUUUUUGCCUAACUUGUUCCCAAAUGCAGGUGCUUUAGGCUCAUAACCAGCUGCUAGGUAGUCUUUAAUAUUCAUUCAAAAGAUUAACCAGCGGGCGUAGCAGUCAAUAGUUCUGAAGCUCUAAAAUUUGUGCCCAAAAACCUCCAACACAUGACCAGUGAAGAGCAAAACAUGGAAGCGGCUGAUUUUUGUUCUCAGCAUUCUUAUGGAGAGUGUGUGCCAACUGAACCAACAUGCGAUGCAAAAACCAGCAGCAGCACAGAACUGCUGGAUAAAGGAUGCAUGCAGUAUGGGUGUUCUCAUUACCGACGAAGAUGCCGCAUUAGAGCUCCAUGUUGCAAUGAGAUUUUUGAUUGUCGUCAUUGUCAUAACGAGGCAAAGAACAGUAUCAAUAUUGAUCAAAAGCAUAGACAUGACAUUCCACGGCAUCGAGUCCAACAGGUCAUAUGUUCUCUAUGUGACACUGAACAAGAGGUUCAGCAAUUUUGUAUCAACUGUGGUGUGUGUAUGGGAAGAUACUUCUGUGAAACUUGCAAGCUGUUUGAUGAUGAUACGUCAAAGAAACAAUAUCAUUGCAAUGGCUGUGGUAUAUGCAGAAUUGGCGGGCGGGAGAAUUUCUUCCAUUGCAAUAAAUGCCGAUGCUGCUACUCGGUUCUUUUGAAGAAUAGCCAUCCCUGUGUUGAAGGAGCAAUGCAUAAUGACUGCCCUGUUUGCUUUGAGUAUCUAUUUGAGUCGAGAAAUGAUGUAACCGUCAUGCCCUGUGGGCAUACUAUUCACGAGAGCUGCUUAAAGGAUAUGCAUGAACAUUAUCGGUAUGCAUGUCCUAUCUGCUCCAAGUCAGUCUGUGAUAUGUCGAAGGUAUGGGAGAAAUUUGACAUGGAGAUUGCGGCUACACCCAUGCCCAAACCUUACCAAAACAAGAUGGUCCGGAUCCUCUGUAAUGACUGUGGAACCAAAUCAGAAGUGCAGUUCCACAUAGUAGCUCAGAAAUGCCCCAACUGCAAGUCUUAUAACACACGCCAAAUAAGAGAAAUUUGAAUUGGAAUGGUUAACACAAACACAAUUGAUCGCUCAGCGAUGCUGUUCACUUUGGGGUUCACCUCAUUCAUGAAAGACUGAGUGACUCGUCCUAGUACCACCGCUUGUUUAGUAGAUAUUCUUGCAUCCAUCUAUUUCCAUUUUGUAUUUUUCAUAUUUUUUUCCAAGCAUAUUAGACUCUUUUUACCUAAUCAAUUUUAGUGGAAUAUAUUUCUUUUCUCCAUCAGUUCCA